AUGGCAAAAACAAGAAAGAAAUCGCGAGUAGCAGAGCAGGUUCCCGACAAGUGGUUCAUGGACCAGCUCGAGCACUUGAAGACGUUCCUGCAAGACAACCAUGGAAAGAAGCCUACCAUCGAUACAGAUCCAGCCUUGUGUCAAUGGCUCAUGAAGCAGAAGGUGUCCAGCAAAUUGUCAACUUACCCAUCCUGGAAGGUCUCCCUCUUGGCAAAGCUGAACGUGGGAAUAGCGGCUCCAAAAGAGUCGACUACAAGUCAGAACAAGGUUCCAAAGUCGCCACCAAAAGAAAAAGAGCAAGAUCAGGAACCUCCGCCAAAGAAGGACAAGGAGGAACUUUCCCAAACUCGAUUUCAGCAGAAACAGAAAGAAAAAAAGAAAAAGGAGCUUCAAGAGCAGAAAGGACAGCAGGAGCUCCAAAAGGAGCAGAAAAAGCGACAACAACAGGAGAAUAAGCAAGAAGAUCCACCAAAGAAACAAAAGGAGGAACUUUCACAAACUCGAUUUCAGCAGAAGCAGAAAGAAAAACAGAAGCAAGAGCUUCUAAGGAAAGAGAAAGAGGCACAGGAGCUCCAGAAAGAGCAGGAGAAAGAUGCACUGAGCAAACCAAAACCACUUGAUGAUAAUCCCCUCCCUGGUCUAGCAAGAGCACGGCUUCUUGCAAAAAUCACCACUGGAAAAGACGACAGAGCGUGGGAGGAAAAUUAUUUCGCUCUGCAGGACUUUCUGUUGAAUCAUGGAAUUGCUCCUAGCAUAGGGUCCAACAAGAAAUUGACAUCUUGGAUUGAGCGACAACGCUAUGGAUACAAGAAGUAUCCAGAUGACGUACGAUGGCCUCGCAGGAUUGAUAUGAUGUCCAAGCUUGGUUUUAAUAUCACAAAGAAGGGAACAGAACCGGGUGCCUCCUCCUGGAACAAACGAGACGGAAAAUGGUUCUCCACCUAUGUAGAGUUCAAGAGCUUUAUGGAGGCCAACAGUGGCGCAAUGCCAACCGAGAAGUCGAAUGCCAAACUAGCUGGAUGGAUAGCACAACAACACACAAAGUAUCUGCAAAAUCGCGAGGAUCCCAUCUGGGAACACAGGGUAGACCUGUUGGGCAAGCUUGGUUUCAGUAUUACACGACAAGCAGCUGCGUUGGAGAGCAUACCCACAGUGGCGCCUUCACCUCCAUCAUCACCAAAACCGGAAGCAAUGCCGGCUCCAGGGAAAAAGCGAAAAGCAGCAUCCAAAUCCAAGGACUCUGCUGGUAGCGCACCAAAAAAGAAGUCAUCCGCAGACACGCAAGCCUCGGAAGCAGAAGCAAAGGCAAAACCGGAAACAAAGGAAGCCAAAGCAGAAAAGGCCAAGGUGAAGAAAGCAAAACACACCACAGCCCAGGAAUCAAAACCUACUGCAGCCAAGAAGAGAAAAAUACCUCCAGCUAAAGACCCACAAUCUCCUCUGGCCAAAAAGGCGAAAACAGCGCCGUCCAACGAAACCAAAUCGGCUUCAGAGAAGAAACCAAAGUCAGCUCCUGCAAAGAAGCCAAAAUCUUCAUCAACCACGGAUUCCACUAUUAGCGCGACAACGCCAUCAGAGACAGAUACAGAAGACGAGAAAGCACAGAAACAAACUGAAAGCGCAAAACCGAAAGCAAAGAAGGCGUUGGCCAAGAAGGCAGAUAGAGACGCCACAGAAACGAAGGCGAAAGCACAGAAGCAAACUGAAACUUCGAAAGCAAAAACCAAAAAGGCCCAGGGGAAGAAGGAGGUUACUGACUCCGCAGAUGCGAAAGCACAGAAGCAGACGGAAGGUACAAAAGCCAAAAAGGCAGAUGCCGAUUCCAAAGCUAAAUCACAGACACAGACACACGCAAAGGAUAAGGCACAGGGAAAGAAAACAGGCGUCGCAUUGGAUUACGGUACGAAGGAUUCAACACCCGAUAGUACGAGUAAAGCAGCAAACCACUCCGAAGCACAAACUGCAACGGGCCAAAACCAGGAUGCCCACGACAUCAAAUGGGCUGAGAAUUUCGCUGCUUUCGAGGCCUUUUUGAAGGCAAACAAAGGGAACAGGCCGACUCAGAAGACAAACAAAAAGUUGUCUGCGUGGCUACAGAACCAAAGGACGCUGUACCAUAUAAAUGCGGGCACUCCCCGAUGGGUUAGCAGAGCGAAGAUGAUGAGUACACUUGGCAUUGACAUUACAACGAAAGGGGGCUUCACCUUCGCAGCAUCGUUGACAACAUCUACGAAAUCUGAUGUAUCGGAACACAAGGCUGCAACAAAAGUGUCAACCGCGUCGGCGACGAAACCAGCAGCAACGACAGCACCGGCCACGGCCAAGACCAAAAAACUGGAUGAUAGUAAAUGGGAGGGCCGGUUCGAGGCUUUCAAAGCUUUCAUGCUGGCCAACAACGGAGCACGGCCAACCAAGAAGACGGAUCCCAAAAUGUGCAAAUGGCUUGAGAACCAAAGAAUAUCGUACCGACUGCACCCAGACAGCCCAUUGUGGGCUCCCAGACGCGAGAUGAUGAGCUCACUGGGUAUUGACUUGACACUCACUCGAGGCCAUCCCUCCCGUUCUCCAUCCACAUGGUCCGAGGACUUCACGGAGUUGAAAGCCUUCGUUAAAAGUCAUCGUGGGAAUCUGCCCAACAAGGAAACGAAUGCUAAGUUGGCCAACUGGGUAACGAUUCAAAGGCAGAGUUAUCUUAAGACCCCGAAUGAUGGCGACUGGAACUGGAAGAUUAAAAAGCUCUUCAAACUGGGCAUAGACGUGACGGAAGGCGCACCUCAUCCACUUGUCGAACAGGGCACGAAGACCGACCAGCGGCCUUCGCGAAAGAAGCGUGCUGCUGUCAAACUAAAGGCAGCUGAAAAACACCAGCAGGGGAGUAACAAUUACGCUGUGGAAGAUCGCGAAUCUGAACAAGAGAAAGCAGCCAGUUACGCAGCUUGGGUAGGCGAGCUGACGGCUCUUCAAAUGUUUAUGGGAGAGAGCCGAGGGGCCCUGCCGACUGUUCAAGCGAAUCCAAGGCUGGCCAGUUGGAUCCAAGCUCAGCAUGACAACUAUCAAAGAGCACCAGACGAUCUCAGUUGGGCUUGGAAAAAGCCAUUGUUGGCCAACUUGGGCAUCGACAUCACACUUGAUUUCUUGCCGGCCAAUCUUGGUGAUCGUCCGCAGGAGUCUCAUCAAUGCGCGCCGCAAAACGAAACGAAUGAGGCGCACGAGCCCUUUGAGAAUACCCACUUCCAACAGGAGGAUGCUGGAGCGCAGCUGCCCAAUGAUCCCACAAUGAACGCUUCGCUGACAGACGACCUUUUGGAGGGAGCACCUGAGUUGCCUUCUGUCGAAGACGAUGGACAGCUUUUCGGCAUUAUGGAGCACGGACAACCGGAUGUUUUUGAUGAGGAGGGACACACUGAUGCGCCUAUUCAGAUGGGAGGAGACCAUUCGCAAUCUUGUGAGAUUCCAACGGAUAUCCUCGAUGAGAUUCUGGAAGAGUCACCGGACGGUUUCAUUGCUCGCGACAUAUUCCCCACCGAUUCGUCGGAAUAUGCCGAUAUAACCGCCGAAAAGCCAAUUGCAGAGCCCGCAGCGAACCCAUGCGGACAGGGACAAGACCAAGCUCUACAAAACGUGCAAACGUUACCUGCCACCAAGGCGGUGGCUUUCACGACACUUCCUCCACUGACGGCAGUUGUGACUCCUCCUAUUACACCAGGUCCUGUGGAACAGAUGGCCCCGUGUACGACUGGCAAAUUGCUCGGAAAGAGACGGGCAUCGGAUUCAGACAAAAUGCAGGCCUCCAGGGGGGGCAUGGUCCAAGUAUUGCCUGCACAGAAGACCUCAAAGAGUGCCUUCGAGAGUGCCACCUGCAGCAUGAGCAUGAAGGCACCAACACCAGGAAUGACAAUGAGUUCGAAGAGGAGGAGAAUGUACAGAAUCCUUCGUCGAUCAGCUCAUCUCCACUAG